AGGCGCGCAAGGUAAAUAGUGAAGUGAGUAAUGAAAAUUGAGUGUUCGAAUUUUUCCAAAUGUAGUUUCAAAUUGCGGGUUUCUCCUUUGCUGUAUUUGCAUAUGACGUUAGUGCCAGAACCGGCUAAUAAAGUUUAUAUUGCGAAAGCAAUAUAAACUAACGUCUCGUAUUUGCCUUGAAACAAAACCAAGCAAAACAAACCAACUAAUAAUUGUGUAGGUUAUAUACUUGUUGCGAUAAUUGUACAAAUUAUUGGUCAAUCGGAUUGAAAUUUUGUUUUGUCUAAAAUGGGUUCAUCUUCACGCGAAUCAUCAGUGGAACUGCAAAUUGUAGAAGAUGACGAGUUGCUCGACGAAGUAUUGUGUAUGAAGAACAAUGAAGAAAUUGUCGAAUCUAAGCAAAAUGACAUGAAGGAGGAGGACGACGUAAAGAACAGUCCUUGGUACGAGGAUAAAGAAGACACCGACGUUUACAAGAACGAGAACUAUGAAAAUUCGAAUGCGCGAUGUGACGAUGUCCGAACGGAAUCUAAAGAGGGACUAAAUAAUAUCAAGUGUACAGAGCACAAAGAUAACAUGAACAGGCCAGAUAAAUUGCAUUGGCGUAAAAGGACGAGGCAAGACAAUACGGAUCAUGCGCAUACUAAAGUUUCUCGUAAUAGACGCUACUCCAGUGACUCUAGUACAACCACUAAUUCAUCAGAAAAUGAUAAAAGACAUGUAGAGUACGAGACAGAUCCAGCUGUGCUAGCACGUAGACAAAAAGAAAUUGAUUAUGGGAAAAACACUACUGGAUACGACAGAUAUAUUCGGCUGGUUCCUAAAGAGAAUCGUACACGAGAGCAUCCAAGGACACCACCAAAAUAUAUAAAAUAUAGCAGAAGGGGUUGGGAUGGUAUGAUGAGGUUGUGGCGGAAGCAACUUCAUUCUUGGGAUCCUCCUCAGGAAAAUGACAAGAUUGACAAAUAGGUUAAAGUCAUUUUGUCAUUCCAUUUAUGAUACUG